AUGGCGGUUAUAAAGUUCCAGCCAAGAAACUUCAACAAGCAGGCGACGGAGAUCUUGAACGAGUACUUCUACUCACAUCUGAGCAACCCCUACCCUAGUGAGGAGGCCAAGGAGGAGCUAGCCAAGAAGUGCUCCAUCACCGUCUCCCAGGUGUCCAACUGGUUCGGAAAUAAAAGAAUCCGAUACAAGAAAAACAUUGGGAAGUUCCAGGAAGAGGCUAACAUGUAUGCAGCGAGGACUGCAGUGAAUGCGGCCAACGUUUCCUCGCAUGGGAGCCAAGCGAACUCCCCCGCUACUCCAAACUCUGCAGGUUCUGCCGGCUCUUUUAACAUGUCAAACUCCGGGGACUUGUUCAUGAGUGUGCAGUCCCUCAAUGGGGACUCUGGGUACCAGGGAGCUCAGGUGGGAGCCAACGUUCAGUCACAGGUGGAUACUCUUCGCCAUGUUAUCAACCAGACAGGCGGAUACAGUGAGGGGCUGGCGGGAACCCAGAUGUACAGUCCGCAGGGCAUCAACGCGAAUGGCGGAUGGCAGGACGCGGCCACGCCCUCCUCUGUGACAUCACCGACGGAAGGACCCGGAAGCGUUCACUCAGACACCUCCAACUGAUCCCACCCCUCCUCAUCCUCAUCUUCUUGUCCUCACCCUCUCCCCUCCCUCUCCCCCCUCCCCCGAGUCCGAACUGAUGAAGGUGGCGUAUGUGAAUUCACAGCAGCAAACCUCUGGGGGCUUGGAAUCUUCUAGAACAAUGUGGUCAUGCCAUUACAAACUAAAUAUUUUUUUCUCGGCCGUCUCCUCCACGUUAAGGGUUUUGUACAGUUUCCUCAUCGCCACGACGACCCCUCGGACAUCGCCAUCUUUUUAUUGGUCCAAUCGCGUUACAUCUCGCCCUCUGAGAACCAAUAGCAGUACACCGGCCCCAAACCCACCCUGGAUCUCACACUACCUCGAUUGGAAAAAAGCAGAACCAACACGCUUGAUCAUUUAAAAUACUUCAAAAUCAACUUUUCUGUUUUUAUUUAAUAUAUUGUAAUCAGUAAUGCCUACUCAUAAGUUUAAGGGUGUAUCUACCAUUUUUCAUUUCCUUUUUACACCACCAUUUGUCCGUCAUGCCAAAGUUGACCUGGAGGUGUUUUUUGAUAAAGUAUGUUGUGUACUCUGGUUACUUGUACUUAUUUAAGGUAACAUUUUGUUUUAGCUGUGAAAACAGUAAUAUCUUUAUAUCCAAACUUCUGCAUUUAUUUGAUAUAUUUCUAUUCCAAAAGAUGUACAAUGAGUGGUGGCAUAAAUCAUUUAAUAUUUUAUUUCUAGUGUACUUUAUUGUCUGCUUUAUUAUCCCAGUAAAUAUACAACUUUUUCUUUCGGUUCUGUAAUUGUAUUUUUUGCAUUGCAAGCAUAACAACUUUAGCGAGUUUAGAAAAAGGAUUGACUCGAUACACUCAACAAAUGACCAAAUUUGAACCCAUCCUAAAGCACAAUAAAGUGUGUAUUGUUUCAACGUAACUGUGUUUGCCGAAAGUGAACAACUGAGUGGAAUACUAUCAUCAAGAAUAUACAUAAUAGUACUCAUAUACGGAGCAAUAAUGUACAUAUACUACAGUACCAACUCUUUGUCCGUGUGCAUUACUGCGAUCAAUACUUUAGCCAAAUACUGCUGGUAACCAAAUCCAUAUGUGGGCAAAAUACUAGGUUGGGUUUUUCAUUUAGUUUUUCUUGACCCAUGUCAGGUUUUGGGAAACAGCGUCAUAGGAGUCUAGCUCAUAGCAUGUCUUCGAAGAGAUGUUUAAUUUUGGUAUUCUUUUGGUGCUGAAAUUCAAAUGGGGUUGUCCUUUGUUUUUUUUUAUAAUAAGACAUUCAUGAAAACCUGUCAAAAUGUAAAUUUGAGAUGCGUGAGCUUGGGCUGUGUGUACAGUAUAGUAUUGGGUAUGACACGUAUACAUCAUCACAACUAUGUGUCCUACAGAUAGCCAACACAUACCAUACUUUGAUACCAAAAAAAAAAAAAAGACUUGGAUUUGUACAACCUACACGUUGUCACGUCAGCUCACCA